UUACGUAUGCGUCAAAAAUAGCACACUGUACUAAGGUCGUGAGUCUUCACUAACCAAAAAGAUGGAAGAUCCAGCWAAACCUCCUGCUUAUAACUACGGCGCAAUCCCUCAAGGGGAGCCUGGAUAUGCAGCUCCACCACCGUAUGCCYCUACUGACCCUUCAGCAAAAAACCAAGCAUAUGGACCACCACCACCGCCCACAUCUACGACGACGAUAAUCACCCAGCCAGGUCCUGUUUACCUUAAUGUGGUUUACCGAGAAAUCCCUGUUAGCAUGGUUUGCCCUCAUUGUCAAGCACACAUCGUAACAGCAACAAACUAUGAAGAUGGUACGCUUGUUUGGCUUGCUGCUGGUGGCUUGUGUCUCAUUGGAUGUUGGCUUGGUUGUUGUCUUAUUCCAUUCUGUGUUGAUGGAUGCAAAGAUGUUGUUCACUCAUGCCCAAACUGCCAUAUUCGACUUGGUGUUUUCAGAAGAAUCUAAUGUAAACUGUCUUGAUCCUCUUACAAUGUCAAACAAGCUUUUGCUAUACUCUUAGGUAUUAUCAUUGAACUUUAGUUUAUCAGACAGGAAAUUAAACCAGUAGCAUUUGUAGGGGUAUACAUAGUCAAUUAAAAAAACGUGGUUGUCAACUGUCUCAUGCUUGCGUGACUGGACCGAAAUGGAAAAUUUUGCUGUUAGUAGGGCAAAGCUUGUGAUCGGCUCAAAUAACAAAGAAAUGGUGAAGCAAAGUAAAUAAUAAUAAACUCUAUUUUCUUGUCAAAUCUUCUACUACAACAAAUUGUAACACCCCAAAUUAUAAGAUAGUACAAAGCUAACAAAGAAUAAGAUAGGUAUAAAGGAAACCAUUUGAAGUAAUUGUAGAAGGACCCCAAUUUUUUUAGUAGAUCAGCACAAGUGCUCUACUAAUUAGGGACAGUAACAAACACAGAAAAAAACACAUUUGACAUGUAGAACUGUAUGAGGGAAAAACAAUAGGGAUUUUGCUGAGCAAUAUUUGUGGACAAUAAAAAAUUAUGUCAGUAAAAUCCCUACUGUUCUUUGUUUUUAUUUUGUGCGAUCAUCCACAAGCCAUUGUUCUAACAUAGUACRAGUACAAACCCCCUAACUAGAAGCUAGAGGGAGGUGGGGGGCAUGCUAAAAUAUAUUUUUUGGUUUGGUCUCCCAGUUUGAAUCUCCCUUGUGAAGAUCUUGGAUCUACCCUGGUAUAGUUUGUAAUAGUAUAAUGUAAAUCUUUCAAUUUUUCACCAGAAAUAAAAUAAGAUUGCAUGUUCAACAAAAUCUAUUUUUAAGAACCCUUGUUUAAAGUAAUACAUAUAAUGAUACUAUAGUUAAUAAAGUGCUAUUAAUAAUA